UAAUAGUGAGGAUGAAUCAUUUACUGAAAAAAGAAAAAGAUCGUUAUCUUCAUUGUCAUUGUCACUAUCAUCACAAUCUUUUGGUUUAGAUCUUUUUAAAGAAGCUGAAGGCAAUGAAAAUAACAAUGAUAGGGAAAGAAAUAAACCAAGUAAUGGAUCAUAUGGAAUAGUAGUAAAAACUUGGAGAUAG